GAUCCUUUGUUUGUUACAUCAGAUUCUGUCUUAAUUUUAAUUUACAAGGUUUAUUAUUGUCUGUGAUAUGCUAAUAAAGAAUCUUCCUUCCUUUUUUUGUCUAAAAAAAAUUCCUCUUUCUUAAAAGGGGUAAGCUUGUUUUGUCUACUGAUUUCAUUUUCAAACCCUUUAAGAAAUAUAAAAGUUUAGCAACUUUUGCAACAUUUCUGUGGAGAUCUUGCAGUUUUUUGGCAUGGAAGUUUGUGUCAUUUGAAUCAUUUUCAUUCUGCAACAAAAUCCUGUUCUCUUUGUAGCAUAGGUAAUUCCAUCAGAUUUUUCUGUAAGUUUUGGUUAUUGUUAAUGAAGUGAAAGAUAUGGAAGAAGGGAAGCCAUGUAUGCGCAGAGAGUGGUGAUUCAAAGGGGGGUUUGUGUUAAGCUAAAACUGUGAUUUGGCGUAUUCAGAAGUAAUUUUAAUGGAAAAAUCACCAGGUGAAGGCUCGAUAGAUAAGUCCAGGGUUUUGAAUGUAAAGCCCUUGCGGACUCUUACUCCAGUAUUCUCCGCACCACCAAACUCUAAUUCUUCUCCUCAAGGUUCUGCACCUUUCGUUUGUGUUCCGCCAGCAGGUCCUUUCCCACCUGGAGUUUCUCCUUUCUUUCCAUUUUCCGGUAUACCAAAUCAAUCUGGCCCUUCUGGUGACCACACCCCAAUAUCAUCAGCAGUUCCGAUCAAUUCAUUUCGGUCACCUGAGCCUCCAUCUGCAAGGGCAGCAAAUGGAAAUGCUGGGUCAUCAAGGAGGGCGAACAGUAACAACAGGGGUGUGGAAGAAGAUGGGUACGGUGACAACCAAACUUGGAGUUCACAGAGUAUAUCUCAGAAGAGGACAAGAGGCAAAAAGGACAAAAUUCCCUCUCCUGAUGUUGACAUGGAUGUGAUGGUAGAAAAUAUUUACCAAUCAUAUAACCUUGUGGAAUUUGAAGAAGCACGACGAUAUAAUGGUGAUAAAGAUUCUGUAGGAUGUGUACUCCUGGUUUUCAAUCUGCUCCGAAGACAAAUCGUACAGCUUGAAGAUUCAAAGGAAGCCACUGCAGGACAAUCAAGGCGCCCUGACUUAAAAGCAGGCAAUGUUUUGAUGACCAAAGGAGUUCGGACUAAUGCCAAGAAGAGAGUUGGAGCUGUACCUGGUGUUGAAAUUGGUGAUAUUUUCUUUUUUAGAAUGGAAUUGUGCACAAUUGGACUCCAUGCUCCAAGUAUGGCUGGAAUAGAUUACAUGUCUUUCAGGAUCAGUCAAGAUGAAGAACCAAUAGCUGUUAGCAUUGUUUCAUCUGGGGGAUACGAGGAUGAUGUUGAGGAAGAUGAUGGCUUGAUUUACUCUGGCCAGGGCAAAGAAAUGGAUCAGAAGCUUGAAAGGGGUAACCUUGCCCUGGAGAAAAGCUUGCAUCGUGGUAAUGACAUUAGAGUAACCAGGGGUAUAAAGGACGUGGGAAAUCCAACCGGAAAGGUAUAUGUGUAUGACGGUCUAUAUAGAAUCCAGGAGUCAUGGGUGGAGAAAGGAAAGUCUGGUUCCAAUGUUUUUAGAUAUAAGUUGGGCAGGUUACCUGGCCAGCCUGAUGCAUACAAAUUGUGGAAAAAAAUUCAGCAAUGGAAGGAUGGUAUUAUUCCUAGGAUGGGGAUUAUACUACCUGAUCUUACUUCUGGGGCUGAAACUUUACCAGUUUCUCUUGUGAAUGAUGUUGAUCAUGAAAAGGGGCCUGCCUAUUUCAAUUAUUCUCCAACCCUAAAGUAUUCAAAACCAGUAUCGAGGGAUCCUUUUGUUGGCUGUGCUUGCAAUGGUGCUUGUCUUCCAGGAAAUGAGAAUUGUGAUUGUGUUCAGAAAAAUGGAGGCUAUCUUCCUCAUAUUGUGAAUGGGGUUAUUGUGAGUAAAAAAUCUGUGAUAUAUGAGUGUGGUCCUCCCUGCCGGUGCCCUCCAACUUGCCGCAAUCGUGUGUCCCAGGGUGGUCUAAGAGUUCGUUUGGAGGUGUUUAAAACUAAGGAUAGAGGUUGGGGCUUAAGAUCCUGGGAUCCCAUACGAGCUGGAGCAUUUAUAUGUGUAUAUGCAGGAGAAGCUGUCGAUGAUUCUGAGGCACAAGACCUUGCAGGUGAAAACGAAGAUGAUCACAUUUUUUAUGGUACCCGCAUUUAUCAGCCAGUGGAAGUUUUGCCUGGUGAUUUAAAUAAUGCUCCAAACCUUCAAUUUCCUCUUAUAAUAAAUGCCAGAAAUGCUGGGAAUGUAGCUCGUUUUAUAAAUCACAGCUGCUCUCCAAAUCUGUUCUGGCAGCCAGUUUUACGGGGAAAUAGCAAGGAGUUUGAUCUCCAUAUUGCAUUUUAUGCUAUCAGACACGUUCCUCCUAUGACAGAGUUGACAUAUAGUUAUGGAAUGGUACCACCUGAAAAAGCAGAUCGUGGGAAGAAAAAAUGCUUCUGUGGAUCACCAAAGUGCAGAGGUUUUUUCUAUUGAUGGUCCAUUUACUGGAGCAUUUGGAUAAGGAUAGUCCUUGCUAACUCAUGCUUCCCGAAGAAGCUAUUUUUGCAGUCCGUGGCGAGAAAAGCACCAGGAUGUCUCAGUAAAUGCCUGUAUUUCCAGCAGCUGUUGGUGGUAAUUCGGUCAUUGUAAUGUGAAAUAUUAGGAUGCAGACUUGUAACUUGGUUAGUUGUUAUCACAUCGAGUAGUUCUCGCCUAGUUUGUGAAGUUCACUCGUAUUUAAUAAUGAUUGAUGUCCCCAGAAGUUUUCCUAGUUGCACUCAUUUUUUCAGUCA